AUGACCGUGGACAACUUUCAGCGUGGGAUUUUUACUUGGCCAAUGAAUUUUGGAUGGAGGCAGAUUCCGCAAGAGGUCAUCGAGAAAAAUAAAAUCAAGGAAACUGAUAUAAUAAGGUGCCCCGUCAUGGCGGGUGGCCUGUUUUCCAUCGAUAAGAAGUAUUUCUUUGAGCUGGGAACGUAUGACCCAGGACUGGAUGUUUGGGGAGGUGAAAAUAUGGAGCUUUCAUUCAAGGUCUGGAUGUGCGGGGGAGAGAUCGAGAUUGUUCCGUGCUCCAGGGUUGGGCACAUCUUCAGGAACGACAACCCUUACUCCUUCCCGAAAGACCGGGUGAGAACGGUGGAGAGGAACUUGGCCCGCGUUGCGGAGGUCUGGUUGGACGAGUACAAGGAGUUAUUCUACGGCCACGCUUACCACUUAGUCUUGAAAAACCUGGAUGUCGGCGACCUGACUCAACAAAUCCAACUGCGAAAGAAGCUUCAGUGCAAGAGCUUCAGGUGGUACCUGGAGAACGUCUACCCGGACCUGGAAGCUCCCCUGGUGAAAGCCAGCGGGCUGCUCGUUAACGUAGCCACAGCCACGUGCGUCACUGUGGAAAACACCACUCUAGCUCUGGAGGCGUGUGAUGUGACCAAGGAGACGGACCACCUCGUCUCGGAGCACCUCCAGCAGCCGGCUUGCUUGGAAGCCGAUCCCGCUCCCCAGGCCCUGCGGGUCAAUGCCUGUGACUCCGCAAACCCUCGUCAGAAGUGGCAGUUUGGCCAUUACUACGCAGACUGA